GCCUGUACAGAUUGGAAAUCACAACUCGAUCUGAAGGGCGCCUUGCUCAGGGGCUCUGAAGUAUAAGAAUUGGCCUUGCCUCGGCCGUAGUAUUCCCAAGCACUCCCAGCUUACAGAAUAGUAAAAUGACAUCUUCAUCCACCACUGCUGAGAUUGUUGGCCUCACAGGCUCCGCCCGGCGCAUCUCCGCCUACUCCCUCGUCCCGAUCCCCUCCUCUCUCGCCUCUACUAAACAAAACGCCGUCCUCAUUGCUGCCACUCUCUAAAUAUGGCGGCACACCUACGAAACCGAGCACGCCCAGAAUCCCUUCAUCACGCUCACUUCAGCAGGGUCACUUGCAGUGUUGAUGUUGAGGCAAGUCGGAAGUUUUGGAUUGCUGCGGCGAGUACGGUGGGGAUUGUGCCGUAUACGAUUGUUGUUAUGACGGGGAAGCUUGAUCGGCUGGUUGAGUUGGCGAGGAGGGCGGAGAAGGGGGGGGGGGGGGAGUUGUCGGCUUCUGGAUGUGCUGAGGCUGAGAGCUUGUUAGAGAGAUGGGUAGUUUUGAAGGGCGUGAGGAGUUUGUUCCCGCUGGUUGGCGCGGUAGUCGCAGCUGUCGUAUUAUUGGCGUAGCUAGGAACGUGAUUUGCUUUGGGUUGAUGUUGCUG